CCAACAAGUGGUUUCACUGAAAGAAUGUAGAGUUUUCCGAGUUUACUUUGCAUUUCCCUCCAGCAGCGUAAUUAAAAUGAACAUUUCGUAUGCAUAUUCUGUGAAGUGAAUCAAAUAGGAGAAAUGGUGGACAAAUUACACGAAUAUACGGGUUACCUAGGUUGGGUUCACGAACAGAGGGAUAAUUUAAAAGAAAAAUAUGGCAGUUGGAAAGAGCAACACAAAGGUGGCUUCACUGAGUUCUUCAAAAAUCUGUUGCUCGGGACAAAUGGGGGAACCGAUGGAAUUCAAGCAGAUUAUUCUCAUCUUUACAGGAAGAAGACACGACAAGAGCUAAUGAGAAUAUCGAUGGCUGUCACUGGUAUUGAAUUUUCCUACGCCGCCGAGACAGCGUUUGUGUCGCCCACCCUGCUCAAAAUCGGAGUCGAACAUCAGCAUAUGACUCUGGUUUGGGCUUUGUCACCUCUCAUUGGCUUCUUCCUGACUCCUGUAUUCGGAUCUUUGAGCGAUAGAUGUCCACUCAAAUUUGGAAGAAGAAGACCUUUCAUCGUGCUUCUGUCGAUAGGGGUGCUACUAGGACUCAUCUUGGUGCCAAACGGUGAAAAGCUGGGCCUUGCCAUGGGCGAUACCCCUUCUUGGCAAAAUCUUUCAGGAGCUUCUCAAAGCGCACAUAGAACUUCUGCCACAAAACAUGAUUAUCCCAUAAAUUCUACCCAGACCUACUCCAAUACUGAAUAUAGUGUUGGGAAUCAUCCUUGGGGAAUUUUUUUCACGGUUUUGGGGACAAUUUUGUUAGAUUUCGACGCUGAUGCAUGCCAAAGCCCCGCUAGGGCAUACCUUCUGGAUGUCACUAUUCCAGAUGAUCAUGCAAGGGGAUUGAGCACCUUCACCAUCAUGGCUGGACUGGGUGGUACUAUGGGAUACGCCAUGGGUGGAUUCAAUUGGGAUGCAACUUUUAUAGGCAUGCUAUUGGGGGGCCACGUCAAAGCUGUUUUUACGUUGAUUACGAUCAUCUUCAUCAUUUGUGUGACUUGCACUGUCACGAGCUUCAAGGAAAUGCCGCUAGAAAUGCUGCAGAUGCCUAUUGGAGAACUUCAGAAAGAUAUUCAGAAGGAAGAACAAACUAAUAUUUUAGGAAAACCAGAAGUUUCAUACGGUACAUUAGUAGAUGAAGCUGAGAAUAAGGAAAUGGGAGUGAAGGAUGUUGAAGAGGCAGACAGGAGCAAAUUGCAGAGGGCAGCAAGCUUACCUCCUCCGCCACCAGACGCGACAUUAUUGAUGUAUCUGAAGAGUAUAGUAUUCAUGCCAUCAUCUUUACUUAAGUUAUGCCUUACCAACCUAUUCUGUUGGAUGGCACACGUUUGCUAUUCCUUAUACUUUACUGAUUUCGUUGGCGAAGCUGUGUUCCACGGAAUUCCCACGGCACCUGAGGAUUCAGUAGAAAGGAUGAGAUACGAGGAAGGAGUCCGCUUUGGAUGUUGGGGAAUGGCUAUGUAUUCCUUGUCAUGUGCAUGCUAUUCAACCAUCAUUGAAAAAAUGAUACAUAAAUUUGGAGCGAAACGGGUUUACAUCACUGGUCUUCUCAUUUACUCAGUGGGCAUGUUCUUGAUGGCAGUCACCAAAAACAAAAUUGGAGUCAUUUUAUUCAGCUGGACAGCCGGAGUGAUGUACUCAACACUGUUCACCAUGCCGUUUCUUCUAGUUGCUCAUUACCACGCCAAAGGAGUUUUUGAAACCAAUCCUGAUGGGGAGGAGAAAGUGAUCGGUCAAGUGCGAGGGCUUGGAACAGACCUAGCUAUAGUCUCGAGCAUGGUAUUUUUAGCUCAAUUCAUAUUAUCUCUUAGCAUGGGAACAAUUGUGAGCCUAUCAAAAACAACAACAGCUGUUGUUAGCGUGGCAAGCUUUUUAGCAUUUUGUGGAGCUAUUUCCGCGAAGUCAGUAUUGUAUUUAGAUCUGUGAAAUGAUUAAAAAAUGUUUUUUUGGAAAUAUGCCCGACUGAUAUGUGGACGGAGAAAUAUCAAUGAACUGUCCACAAUUUUUAUCUUGUGAAAAGGAAAACAAUGGAAACAGUAUUUUUUUCGAACUCAAUAAACGUUAUUGUAUUCAUCA